UAGCCCGUAUGGUUUAACAGAAGAGUGAGAGAGACAGAGACAGAGAGACAGAGAGAAAAGAGACAGAGAAAGAAGGAGAAAUGAGGAAGAGAUGGUGGACGAUAGGAUUGGUGGUGGGGAUAAUUGGGAUAGGAAGGGAAUUGACAAAGCUGUAUGGAUGGGACAAGGACGCUCUGCUGAAGGUGUUUGGUGAAUUGUCUGAUCGGCUGGGAGUAUGGGCCAUUCCGUUGUACGUGGCGAUCCAUACCCUCACUCUCGCUCUCUGCUUGCCCUACGCCAUUUUCUUCGAGGCCGCCGCUUCUCUUCUCUUCGGCUUCUUCCCGGCUGUCCUCUGCGUCUUUGCCGCCAAGCUGCUCGGUGCUUCCCUCUCCUUUUGGAUUGGCAGGUUAAUAUUCAAGAGCUCAAGUUCAGCAAUGGAGUGGGUCCAGAGGAAUAGGUACUUCGCUGUCCUCUCCAGAGGAGUUGAGCGAGAUGGUUGGAGAUUUGUUCUACUUGCCCGCUUCUCGCCAAUGCCCUCCUAUAUCAUAAAUUAUGCCCUUGCUGCAACAAGAGUUCGGUUUGUUGUGGAUUUUCUGCUUCCAACAGUUAUUGGCUGCAUGCCUAUGAUUUUACAGAACACAUCGAUUGGUAGUUUGGCUGGUGCUGCUGUUUCUUCAGCAUCUGGCUCUCAGAAAUCUCAAAUUUGGUCAUAUCUUUUUCCUGUACUAGGAAUUGGCUCUAGCAUUCUUAUUUCCUUGAGAAUUAAGAAGUACUCUACUGAAAAUUUAGUGACUGAAUCCCCUACCAGUGAGCAUAUUAAUGAUUCUAGUAACAUUGCCGAUUCUAACGAGGACCUGAAAAAGGGUCAAUAAUAGAUUUGUUAACCCUAAAACUCCAAAGAAUGGUUGUCUUCUCCAAUUGAUGGAAUUUUUGCA